GUGGAAGGAAAACAAUACCAGCUUGGUGCGGCUGCGCGUCUCAAUCUGCAAGUUUGUUUUCUUAAUCUCGAAGAAGAACAAAAAUUGUUUGAAAUGCGAUGAUUGGCAAGAACGGGCUCAAAUCAGCGUCUGGUUUGCGGAAAGGUCCGUCAAAUAUCGGGCGAAGAUGGGCAACAGCUGUUGUCGCCGUGUUUGGCAGCGCCGUAUUUCUUAGUGAGCGCGGCUUGCUGGGUGGAUUUCCGCCAAUGGCGACGAUCUCAAAGGCUCCCCAAAUUCCUCAUCAAAGCUCCAGCGUUGGCGAAUUCGAUUGGGAUGCGCUUAAGCCAACACGAGACAUGGCCUACGUGCCCUGUUUCGAGAGAUUUCAAUGCGCGAGACUCCUUCUCCCAAUGGACUGGACGGCCCUAGAAGAGCAAUGGCUAGAUCACGAAGUGGCCAUCGCGAUGAUAAAGCAGCCAGCCAACGUCUCGGUUCUUGACCCUCGAUACGGCGGCGAAGUCUAUCUUAACCCAGGCGGCCCUGGUGUUUCGGGAGUAAGCUUCCUCAGAGGCGCCUCAAAUGGCCAACUAGAAUCAACUAUCAAUGGAAACAAUACCGACGGGAGGGUCUUUGACCUUGUCUCCUUCGAUCCAAGAGGGGUCGGCCUUUCGACGCCGCGGAUCUCUUGCUUCGAUGAUCCAAUGUCUCGACAGCUCUGGCAUCAGCUCGGGACGGUCUACAGCGGUGUCGACACGUCGGAUCGGAUGUUCAACGAGCUUUGGGAAAGAGCUCUAUCGCUGGGUCAACUGUGCAAUCCCGGGAACUCGACAUCCAAGGCCUUGGCGAUGAGUACCGUCACCACCGCUCACGUUGCGCGCGAUUUGCUUGCCAUGGUGGAGAAGAGUGGUGAAGAGAGGGAAAGGAGGGCUCUGGUGGCGAUCGCAGAGCUUGGAAAGUCAUCGGUGAAAGACCUACCUCAUCGUCUUCGGUACAAACCCGGAGAAGAGAAUUUGCAAUAUUGGGGCUUCAGCUAUGGCGCGUUUCUCGGCGGGACAUUUGCAAGUCUCUACCCAGACCGCAUCGAACGAAUGAUUGUGGACGGGUGCGGAGACUGGGACGACAACGCAUCAGGCGAAUACAAGGGUUUCCUCCUUGACACGGACAGAGAGUGGCACGAGUUCUUCAACCUUUGCUACGCAGCCGGACCAGAAAAGUGCGCUCUCUACGACGAGAAAGGUCCGGAUGCAAUGCAUGGCUCGGUCCAGCACUUGCUAGACAAUCUGGAGACGGAUCCAAUUGUGAUCUGCGAAGACGGCAUGGCGUUCCCCGAGGUCUUUACGCGGAACCACCUCGUCCAGGGGAUCUUCGGCGCCCUGUACAAACCCUAUCGAUCACAAACUUGGAAGAAGCUCGCGGGAACACUGGCGUCUCUUGCCAACGGUACAGUCACCGCAGCGGUAUCAGACAUGCUCCCGUCUCGUAACUUGCGCUUACGUACCGAAGACUGCCACACUCCAGAAUGUGUAACGGAGUACACCGGCGAAGGAGCCUGGAGCGAGUUCAACUUUGGCGUCUACUGCCCCGACGGUCACGACUUUCGAAACAUUACAAAGCCCGAGAUGAUCGCGUCGAUCAAAAGCCUCGAGAAGCAGAGCCCCUUGUUUAGCACUUCAUUCGCCAUCUCAGCUAGGCUUCCUUGCGUGGGGUAUCCCAUCCGGCCCAAAUGGCGCUUCGGUGGCCCGUUCGGAGGCAGGACCAAGUUUCCGAUAUUGUUCAUCGGUAAUACGUUGGAUCCCGUUGCCCCUCUUGAAGGAACACGCCUCAAUGUUCCCAAGUUUGAAGGCGCUGCGUUGUUGCAGCAAGAUUCGGCGGGGCAUUGUUCGCUCAAUGCGCCUAGUCAGUGUACUGCGGGCUACGUCCGAAAAUAUUUGGUAUUGGGUGAGCUUCCAGACAAAGGUACUGUAUGUUCUGUUGAUUACUUGCCGUUUGAUGGCUAGAUAAAUG